AUGAGGAAGUGGUGGAAGUGGAAGCUGUGGUGGCAGAUGCAUCCUCAGGCAGCAGGUCGCUGGGGUCAACCUAGUGACCCUCUCCUGCGCAUCUACCGCAGUAAGCGUGGGAAGACCGACAAGCGUUACCAUGCUUACAACAACUUAGUGACAGUGUCCGGCCUCACCAACCACGUCACAUUCCAGACCCACGAAAGAGGAGGCCUGCUCAACCCAGUAUUAUCAGACCUCCCGGAAGAAAGAAUAUUGUGUCAGCAGCGGGAUAAAGUGGGUAGUUCGGACCACCACGUCGUACUGACGAAGAUCCAGCUACAUGUGGCGAGGGAAAAAGCUGCACCUCGAACCAUCUGGCUAUGGGAGCAAGCUAGCUGGCAUGACAUGAGGGGCGCACUGUCAGCCACAGACUGGCAGACGGUGCUCACGGGAGACGCGGAGGAGAUGGCUCACGCUCUCACCUCAAUCCUGGCCACACUACAGGACCGCCACGUCCCUCACCGCACAUACCUCGCCAAGGCCACAAACCCCCAAUGGUUUGGCUUCCGCUGUCAGAUAGCUGCCGAAGCCAAGUAUGCAGCAUGGAGGAGAUACAAGCAACGCCCGUCACUACACAACCUCGCCAUGCACCGAGCUGCUUGCCCAGGAGUUGGAGAUAAGACAUGGUGGACACUGGUCAAGGAGAGGCAGGGUGUGAUGCGGCAGGAGAGCGUGCCCCCCCUCACCAGGCAGGACGGAACCACUGCCUCAAGCGGUGAUGACAAGGCUGCACUCCUGGCAAAAUUAUUUGCAGAAAAAAUGCAAGUUGAGAGCCCCACACACGACCCCCUUCAGGGCUACCCCGGGAGACAGCGCACACCAUCACCUCAGUACCCAUCACCACGGAGCUGGUGGAAAAAGCACUCGGGCAACUGGACGCAGGGAAAGCCACGGGCCCGGAUGGAAUCAGCCCCCGGGCACUACCGACCCAUCUCCCUGCUGUCUGUGAUGGGUAAGGUGUUCGAGAAACUGGUGGCAGCCGUCAUAUGGCAGCACCUGGAUGAACACCAGCUUCUCUCACCCCACCAGUUCGGGUUCUGGCCAGGUCGAUCUACUUCCGAUCUCCUUCUCUUAUUCUCCCAGGAAUGGCAGGACAUCCUUGACGAAGGCCUGGACACGCUCGUAGUGGCCCUUGAUAUCGCGGGGGCUUAUGACCGAGUGUGGCAUGCGGGUCUUCUGACUAAGCUCCAAGCCAAGGGCAUCGACGGCGGUCUCCUGAAGCUACUCGAGGAUUACCUCCAAGGAAGAACGCUUCGAACCGUCGUCAAUGGGCGGACCUCAUCACCCACCAAUAUAGAAGCGUCAGUUCCACAGGGCUCAGCCGUGGAAGGACAACUACGGUUUGAGGGCGAGCAGCUGCCUCUCCAGGAACACAUCAAGAUCCUGGGAGUCACCAUGGAUCGUGAGCUGCGCUGA